AUGCCAUUUACAUUAAGUGAUGGACGUUCAUUUACUAAUCUAUUCAAUUCAACAGAACAAAAUUGUGAAAAUUUACUCAUUGAAAAACAAAAUUUAUUAUGUAUAUUUAAAUUAGUUAUAAAAGAUCUAUUAAAUUCAAGUUUACGACAUGAACGUUUACUUGAAAAAGAAUAUUUUCCAUUAAAACAUUUUUUUAUUGUCUUCGAACAAAUUUUGUUACAUGGUUAUACAGGAAAAAAAUCAUUUCCAAUAACUCCAUCAUCAAAUCGUAAAGAUCUUUGGCCACUUAUUGAACUAAUUGCACGUAAAUCAACAGGCGCGGAUGUUUUCGAAAUCUCCUUAUCAUCAAAAGAAAUGACAAAUGUUCGAACAUCAUUAGGUCGUGUACGUGCAUGGUUACGUCUUGCAUUAAUGCAAAAACGUUUAGCUGAUUAUUUUAAAAUUCUUGUUGAACAAAAACAUGAAUUAAAAGAAUUCUAUGAUAGUGACGCAUUAUUAUUAUCAGAUGAAAUAUCGAUGAUCACUGGUUUACUUGUUGGUCUUAAUGUAUUAGAUUUGAAUUUUUGUUUAAAAGAAGCUAUACUUGAUCAUCCGAGUGAAACAACGAUUUACUAUAGUUUAUAUUUACGUGAAAGACGUAUACCAUCACAAUCAACAUUGAAAAAUACACAUCCACCUGGUUCUAUUGAAGAUCAAAUUGAUGAAUUAGAUGAUUAUUCAUCAUUAUCAUCAUCGCCAAUAACACGAACAAGUACACAAAAUUCUGAUACGGUUAUUAUAUCGAAUACAAAUGAUAUGAUUACAUAUGAUGAUCAACGAAUUUCUAAUAUACUUGAUCAAAAAAAUUAUAUUGAAGAACUUCAUCGAAAUUUACAGAAAACAGUUAAUAGUUUACAAGAACGUUUACAAACAAUGGAACAAACAAAUAAAUCUUUAACAGACGAUGGUAUAGUACAAAAAAUUCGAAUUGAACAAUUAGAAGAAAAUUUGUCGAAAACGAAAACAGAAAAAGAACAAAUGCAAUCAUCUUAUCAAGCAAAAAUUGAAGCAUUGAAUUCUGAUAUGGCACUUGAACGAGAAACUUAUCAAAAAUCUCGUGCUGGUUUGGAUGUACUUUAUCAUGAAUUAGAAAAGAAAUAUGACGAUGAAUGUUUAUCGAAAAUUGAUGUUGAAACUGAAUAUCAAUUACAAUUAGCUCAGAAAAAUGAUUUUAUUGAAGCAACUAAAUUAAUGGGAAAAGAUAUGGAAAUGAAAACAACAUUAUAUACUCAUAUGAAAGAACAAAUUGAUGGUAUUAAAGAUGAAAAUAUACGUCUUUCAGAAAAAUUACAGAUUGAAGAAAAACGAAAUGAAGAAAGAGAACAUCAACUUCAAUCCUUAGAAAAAGAAAAUCAAAUGUUAAGAGAAACAAUUAGUCAAUUAGAAACAAAUAUCGAAGAAAUUAAUAAAGAAAAACAUGCACUUAAUGAUACAAAUGAAUCAAUAAGUCGAGAACUUGCUAAAAUAGAUGCUGAAAAAACAUCAAUUGAAACUGAUUUACGUGUUGAAAAAGAUUUUCGUCAACGUCUUCAACAAACAUUAACAAGUGAAAAAGAAAAAGUUUCAUCACUUCAAUUCGAUAUUCAUGAAUUAAAUUUAAUAAAACAAGAAUAUGAUUCAUAUAAAAAACAAAUGACAAAACAACAAAAUGAUUUACAGAAAAAAUUUCAAGAACAAGAAGAAACUAUAAGAGAACUAGCAUUAAAAUUAGAAGUAUCUAUUAAACGUGAAGAUGAAUUUCGAGAAAAAGAUGGUCUUCGAUCAUCAACUUGGAUGAAAGAUGAAGAUGUUAAAGAAUGUUGUCAAUGUAAAAAAGAUUUUAGUCCACUUAGAAGAAAACAUCAUUGUCGAAAUUGUGGUCAAAUCUUUUGUGAAACAUGUGCAAGUACAAAAUUACCUUUACCCAGUUCAAACAAGCCAGUUCGUGUAUGCGACAUGUGUCGUAAUCAUUUAUUAGCACAAUGUGCGGUCAAUAGUCCAUGA